GCAUAGUCCAGCAGGAGGUCAGCGUUCUCGCGCGGAAGAUAGCGAAGGAGAACGGGGACAAGAAGAAGAAGAGGAAGAGGCUCUCGUUCGUGGACGGCCACAAGAAGAUUGUGGUGCCCGGAGUCGUCGCGCGCAGCCGCGGCGAGAGGACCGCGGCCUCUCCGAGACGGCCUUUCAGCGCAUGCUCUCGCUCUACGAGGAGGACGAGGAGGUGAUGAACUCUGCGCAGCGGCUGCUCCACCCCAUGGGCAAGGGCGACCCGGAGAGAGCGCGGAGCAUCAACAUGAGCAAGAUCAUACAGAUACACGAGCUCAUGGUGACAGAGAUGCAGAAGGUGCUGGAGGAGUUCCUGCAGCUGCCCCAGGAG